GGUCUCAGCCUCUGGCUGGUACAGAGUACAGAUAGGGCACUGGCCUCAGCCACCAGAAGGUGCUCCUUUGCAGUCGCUUUCUGACCAAGCCCCCUCUAGCCGGCGCCCUCCUUGAUUCUGGGCUUUCCCUCUCUGAGCUGUCUCUCUGCCUGUCUAUGAGCCUUCUCUGAGUCCUCUCUGAGCUGUCUCCGGGUUCUUUCUGAGUCCUCUCUGAGCGGUCCCUGGGCUAUCUCUGAGCGGUCUCUGGGCUAUCUCCCGCCGUCUCUGAACUACCUCUGAGCGGUUCCUGCGCUCUCUUUGGACACUCACAAGGCUCUAACUGAGUUGUCUCUGAGCACCCUGGGAGCUCUCUCUGCACUUUCUCCAGCUCUUUCGGUCGCCCUCGUGCUCCCAGUCCCCCCACCUCCUGCCCCCCAGCUCCCUCCUGGGCUCUGUGGCUCCCCGCUGGAUCCUUCCCUAAUUCUCGGCUGGCUCCCAGGCCAGCCCUGGCGACGCUUUGCGCGCUGGGUGGGGGCAGCGCAGGGCCCUGGGCUCGGGGUCCCCCCAUCCCCAAGCCCCCCAAGCCCAUGGAGCCAGUACCAGGGCUAGGAGCCCUGAGACGGCGGAAGCGGCUACUGGAGGAGGAGAAGAGCCUGGCGGGCUGGGCUCUGGCAAUGGCUGGAGCGGGAAUCGGGCUGAUGGUGCUGCAUGCCGAAUUACUGUGGUUUGGUCAAUGCCAGUGGGCUCCCUAUCUCUUCCUGGUGAAAUGCGGGAUCAGCAUCUCCACCGUUUUCCUCCUCGGACUCAUCUUGGCCUUCCACGCUAAGGAGGUGCAGCUCUUCAUGACCGACAACGGCCUCCGCGACUGGAGGGUGGCGCUGACCGGGCGCCAGGUGGCCCAGAUGAUGCUGGAGCUGCUGGUGUGCGGGGCGCACCCUCCGCCACUGCCCGCGUGGGCCGCACCUCCGUGUCUGGGGCCCGCGCGACCGUGGCCCGUGUUCCUGAGCCAGGCGGAGGCGCUGCUGUCGCUGGCCAUGCUGCUCCGUCUCUACCUGGUGCCGCGGGCCGUGCUGCUCCGCAGCGGGGUGCUGCUCAACGCCUCUUACCGCAGCAUUGGCGCCCUCAACCGGGUGCGCUUCCGCCACUGGUUCGUGGCCAAACUGUACAUGAACACGCACCCGGGCCGCCUGCUGCUGGCCCUCACCCUCGGGCUCUGGCUCACCACGGCCUGGGUGCUCUCCGUGGCCGAGAGGCAGGCAAUCAAUGCCACAGGUGAGCUGACAGACACUCUGUGGCUCAUCCCCAUCACCUUCCUGACCAUCGGCUAUGGGGAUGUGGUUCCAGGCACCGUGUGGGGGAAGAUUGUCUGCCUUUGCACAGGGGUGAUGGGGGUGUGCUGUACAGCUCUCCUGGUGGCUGUGGUUGCCCGAAAGCUGGAAUUCAAUAAGGCAGAGAAACACGUGCACAAUUUCAUGAUGGAUAUUCAAUAUGCCAAAGAGAUGAGGGAUUCUGCAGCCCGAGUGCUACAGGAGGCCUGGAUGUUCUACAAACAUAUUAGAAGGAAGGAAUCCGGAGCUGCUCGGAGGCACCAGCGGAAAUUGCUCUCAGCCAUCCACAUAUUCCGUCAGGUCCGCUUAAAACACCGGAAACUGCGAGAACAAGUGAACUCCAUGGUGGACAUCUCCAAGAUGCACAUGAUCCUGUGUGACUUGCAGUCUGGCCUCAGCACUUCCCACAGAAACCUGGAGAAGCGAAUGGAUAUACUAGGUGGAAAACUGGACACCCUGACCCAGCUCCUCAGUGCAGCCUUAGAAUCCAGGCAGGCCCCAGAACCCAGGGAAGACACAUAGUUGGGUCUGUGGGGGGCCCAGCUCCUUUGGCCCCGGGGACAAGGGGGAAGUCGUCCCCUUUCACUCUGGCCGCGUUAAGGCGGGACUGCCUCCUAGAGAGCCCCUCUGUCCAACAGCUGCUAAAGGAGCCCCUGGCUGGGCCAGGGGCGCCCGGUUCACCCAGCGAUGAAGUGGUGGAUUUCGAAGCUGCCACAAGGCGGGAGGCCAGGAGCCUGCGAGCGGGCCGCCGGCCUUCUGCAAGUCCCAGCAUCCUCUAAGGAGCAGAAUGCAGGGCAGGCUCUGGGGAGGGGGCGGGGCGGGGCCAGACUCUCCCUCCCGGGAUGUGCAGGGCGAGGAGGCUCCCUGCUAGGGACCAGGGAGACGAGCCGAGCCAGAGGGCAGGGCACAGAGGUCGCUGCUGGACAGUGAAGAGGCUUGGGGGAGCCCGAGUCAGAGGUGGGAGAGGCUCCCGGCAGGUACAUGGAAGCCUGGGGCACCCCCUAGUGGAGACCGCAGGGGGAAAGUGGGCAGCCCGAGCCCCUGCGGGGGAACCUGGCCGGAGCUGCCCCUCCCCCCUCCCCCCUUUGAAAAUAAAAGUUAAUAUUCCGGAA